UAGAGUGUUUGUCAACAUGUUAAAUUGUCAAUAUUGUAGUCUAGUCUUUGAAUUUCGUAUUCUCGUAAUAAAAUUCUUGUCUCUUUCUUUAAUGGUUUUGAACAUUUGGUCUAAAAAUUGUGAAUGUGAACAUAUUUUUAACAUAUAAAAAAUAAUUUUACUCAUUUGGAUAACGUUGCUUCUCAAAUAAAUGGGAAAUUCCGGUCUAAAACAACAUUAUGAAACGGCUUCGAAAACGGGUGUUUUACAAAUAUCUAAUCAUAGAUUGAAGGAAAUUCCAGAAGAUGUUUUUCAUUUAUCAGAGCAUCUCAGAAAUUUGGACAUAUCCAAGAAUAAAAUAACACAUAUACCAGAAGAAAUAAGCAGAUUAAAGUUAUUAAAACAAUUAAAUCUAAGUACAAAUGCUAUUCAAGUUUUACCAGCUACAUUAGCUAAUUUAAAAAAGCUUGAAAUGCUUAACAUAUCUUUCAACUCUAUUUCUUGUUUACCUGAUUCUUUUUCGAGUCUAAGUAAUUUAAAGCAGAUUUAUUUAAACAAUAACAAGUUUAAACAGUUUCCUAAACAGCUUUUUGGAUUGAACAGUCUGGAAGUGGUAGACCUUUCGAACAAUAAGCUAACAGAAGUACCAAGUGGAAUGUCAAAUUUAUUUGCAGCCGAGUUGAACUUGAGUCAAAAUGAGAUAUCAUCAUUGAGUGAGGAUUUGUACCAAGCACCAAGAUUAAAAAUACUGAGAUUAGAUGAGAAUUGUUUAAGUCUUGACUCUAUUACGCCAAGCUUACUUAGAGAUUCCAAAAUUCAUACAAUAGGUAUAGAUGGCAAUCUUUUUGAACCCAAGCAGUUAGCUUCUCUUGAGGGAUACAAUGAAUAUACAGAACGAUAUACAGCAAUGAAAAAGAAAAUGUUUUGAUUAUUUCAUCACCAUCAUCAUCAAUAUUACUACUGAGAACAGGUCUAUCAGAAUGAGAAGAGUUUUAGCUGUAGUACACCACACUGGCCAAUUAGUGCGGAUUGAUAGACAUCACACAUGUUGAAAACAUGAAAAACUUUCAGGCAUGCAGGUUUCCUCACGAUGUAAAACCUGCACCAUUAAACCUAGUGACAAUUGCUUAAAACGCACAUAACUACAAAAAGCUAGAGGUGCAUGCCCCAGGAUCAAACUCCAGACCCCCUAUUUAACAGGCAGUUGUCUUAACCACUGGGGCAUCACCACUUUCAUUAUAAUGCUUAGUUACAGUGCUUAGUUAUAAUUUGUAAUUAAUUACACUAUAAUACUUAUGAUAUUUUUGUAUAAUAUAUGGAUACUUGAUAUAAUAGUAAUUCAGAUUCAGUGUAUCAACAUAGAUAUGUAAUUAUGUUAAGUUUUGGAAUUUUUACAUUUUAAUAGAGUUAAACACUUUCAUAAAUAAUAAAACAACCUGCACAAUUUGUUAACUUUUCCUCUAUUGUGUUGAGAAAUAAAAUUAUAUUAAUACAUGCAUAAAUACAUCACAUUAGUGUAAAUCUUCACCUCUCAUAAAUGUAUUUUUUUAAUUAUUGUAAUUCAUAAAAUUAAUAUAAAGAAGCUAUUUAAUAAAAUUUAUACACUGCU